GUAAAGACUGUGCAGGUGGCAGGCUUCGGUGCACUGCGUGGCACACCUACAACAACUUAUAUCAGUCUACUGCCGUCAUCCGGUUGCCACAUCCCCCUUCAGGAUUACCUCAUCUAGUAUAGGCUGAAGAUGACAGGCUGGUUUGCGUCAUCCACUGAUCAGGCGAUAAUGGGAAUCAGGGACCUCACUGCAAGCAUCCUCUGGUUGGCGAGCUUCCUGCUGGCCUUCACUCCUCACACUCAUCAGCAUCAGACGCAGCUGAGUGGAGUGAGCUUUGCCAUGAGCGGCUUCGGUGUGGUGACGGAAUUCUCAAAUGCCCUGCAAGCUUACCCACUGACGAAUAACUGGAGGAAGCCGACUGUCAUUAGAGUGCUGCAGGGAGGCGUGAACAUCGGCAGCGACUAUGACGAUGAAAUAAACACCUACAAAGUUAAAGCCACCACCGCCUCGGAGCCUUGGGUGAAGGUUGUCAAUGUUGAACCGUAAUGAUGACACUGUUCUCGUGCUUACCCCUAUGAAACGCUUCUGCGCCGCACCUCCACUACUACAUUACUACAUUAAAAAAGGCUUUAGCUUCAGUGACUUGAGUUUUUUUAGGGAUGGUUUUUUUUUAUGGUUAUAGUGACGAGAUUUCUACAUUACUGGCAGGAAAAAAAAACUUGAGAAUUCGUCUAAUCACCUCUGUGGCCUUUGGAAAUAGUCGUGAUCAGAGAGAGAGAGAGAGAGAGAGAGAGAGAGAGAGAUGAUGGUGUGAAGACCUUGCUGGCAGAGGACCAUUAUACGCGUUCUCCUCACCCUCAUAGAAUGAAGUAAAUGUUCAUGGUUCUGUUCUGACUUGCACACACACGCACCAGCACCGUAUAAGGGAAUACUGAAUCGAAUACUGAAUCAGAAAAUGUCCAAGUAAAAAUGAACAGAUAAAUAAAGGAAGAAAGAAGUCAAA